GAACAACAUCUUCUAAAUACCUCAACAUUCAACCACAUCUUCACACCACACCACACUAAAGAGACGUCAAAUAUCAGUGUUUACUUCCCACUCAAUUGUAUUUGCACUCAAAAUUUCAGAACAAAAUCACAUCACCACCCACCAAACCCAAAAAUGUCUUCAUCAAACUCCAACAUCCACUCAGACAUCUUCACCACACCAUCUACCAACAACAACGAACAAGACAACUUCGCCCAAACCAAAGAAGAUUUCGACAUCUGUUCGAUUCCCGACUCUGAUUCCGAAGAAGGUAUCACAAUAUAUUAUCAAACUCCCGAGUCAAGAAAGAGAGUUUCUGGAUCUCCAACUCAGAGAACCGGAUAUGAGAAUAUUACUUGUGAUUCUCCUCUUCCAACUGUAAAUGAAGAUGAUUUACAAGAUCAAGAAAUAUUUGACGCUAUCACACCAAUCCGAGAUUUUAUACCAAGUAGAUUGUCGACUCCGACAACUGAUGAGCUGAUUAGGUAUAUCAACGAUACUAAUCUCUUAGGAGUUAACAAUAACGAAUCUACUACAGAUUCUCCAACUCCUCCCGAGAAAAGGGAAAAAGAGCUCUCCAGACUCCGAGAAGUGAUCACUCGAUCCAAAAUCUCAGAUCUUCAUCAUACAGCCCAAACCCGUCCAUCUACAUUCAUAGAAUCGACAUUUCUCACAGAAGUACAAACUUUCGCAGCUCAACACCCAUCCAGCACUCCUCGCGUUUGGGAUUUCGCAUCGCAGGGAGGGUUGGAGGUGUAUGAUAAUUACCUCCAUAUUAUGCAUGGCGGAAUGAUAGAAUGGGAUAGAGUCGGCAAUUCUAAUGCUGAAGAUGAAGAAAACUUCCAUCCCGAACCAUCUUCCGGAGAAGAAGCAGACGAUGAAGAAUAUCCACCCAGACAUUCCUCUCCACGGGCUCCUGUAUUAGGAAAGCGGGAUACGCGAGAUCUUCCACAGAUCGAGGAACUAGAACAAACGGAAUCGUUUUUCCAGAUUGCGCCACGAUUUUUCUCGCGCACGUUGCAUACAGCGGAUUUCGGAAUCGGUAAUGCAUCAAGCAUCCCCGUCAUUCCCGCUCCAGAUAUCCAACUCCCCAUUCCCGAACUCCCGAGAGAAAUUUCCCACGCGUAUCAAUAUCCCCGUGUUGAUGCCUGGCCUAUCAUCGCUCUCGCACACAAUAUCCCUCUUUUUCCUACACAUCUCCUCACGCGUUCGUCUCUUGCGCAACUAUCGCUCUGUGAGAAAUCCGCACAGUUGGAAGAUGGAUAUUCUGAUUCCGUGCUUGAUCAAUGGGCAUUAAGUCAACAUCGAUUGUUUCUCUGGAUCAAUUCCGGGGCGUUGGAGGAUGGGAUUGAUGGGGGGUUUGGUAGAGCUGACAGUGUGGAUCUUCUGCUUGGAUUGGAGGAGAGUAGUGAGAUUUGGGAUUAUGAGGAUGUGGAGGUUUUUUCGAGGAGGCAGCAGGGGGGGUUUAGAAGGUGUUUGGAGUGGGUUUGGGAGGUUGAGACGGAUGGGAAUGGGGAUGAGGAGGGGAGUGUGGGAUGUUGGGGGGUGUUGUCAGAUGAGUUGUAUGAUUCUUUUGGGGGGGAGGAAAUUCUUCAUCGAUCUGUUAGUAUGGUUGAUGAGGAAGAGGAGGAGUAUGUUUCAUCCUCAUCCGAAUGCAUAGAAGAAGAAUACGAUGCAGAAGGCGAGAAAGAAGAACUCGGCUUAAGAUUCACAUCGCCUGCAAUUUUCCCCCCGGAGAACGGAAACAUAAACACCAAGGACGAUCCGCGGCUCGGCAGAGUAGUGAAUAUUUUCCGCACGCGCGCACUCCAGCGAUUAGGGAUCAGAAAUCAGGAUUCGCCGUUUCGACAGCCGAUUCCGCAUACUGUGUUUAGAGAAAAUGGAAUUCGUGCGGUGGAUUAUGCGAGGGCGAAUGCGAUGGAGAGGUUUGAGAGGGUGGCGGAGGAGUUUGCGAGGAGGGGAGGUGGAGAGGGAGAUAUGGGACAGCUGGUAUUGAGUCUGGGUAUGGAUUCGAGAUUUGGUUGUGCGGAGGUCCAUAUGAGAGGUGGUACGGGAUCUGAAGACUCCGGAAAGGGAUCACAUGAUAAAUCACCUCCCACGGGACCCAAAGCAAACCCCCCAAAUCGGCAUCCCCAUCUGCAUCCACGACUGCAAGCCCACCUCAACAAACUUGCCCAGAAAAUCCCACCCCAGCUCUCCCUCCCCCACGCCAUCAAAACGCUCAAUCAAAAACUCCUCCUUCAUUCUAGCACUCCCAAUCUGCUUAUCCACGCCACGAAAAGCUUCCUCCAACUCCUCCCCUUCCUAUCCCCCGCAUCCAUCCUCGCAACCUCCAAUCACAUGCUCCAAGCCCACAAACCCAUGUCUCAAAAAAUCCUGCACGGAAUCCUACUAGUUCCCGCAGAGAUCGAGGCCCUGCCCUCGCGAGCCCGCGAUGGGAUUGAGAAAAUGAGGAAAUGUAGGGAAGGGCGGAGGGAGAGACAGAUAGAACGAGCUGCGAGGUUGAGAGAGGCGAGGAGGAAUGGGAAUGCUGGGGCGGAGGAGGUGGAUGAGGGGUUGUUGACCCUGGAGGAACGCAUUUGGAGGAGUAUGAAGGAGAAUGCAUUUAGGAAGCGGAGGGCUUGGGAGUAUGAGAGGGAGAGAAAGGAGGAGAAUGAGGUGGAGGGGAAGAAAAAAUGAGUGGUGUGCUGUGGUGUAGUUUGAUGUGAUAGAUUUAUGGAUCUACCAUUUUGAGUGCGGAGAAACAGACUUUUUUUUCUUUCAGAUAUUGAGUCUGCAUAUCCUAAAGACUGGUUCCGUCAAAGUUUUAGUAUAGAAUGCAAAUACAAAAUCGAUUGACUAAUCUGUAAACCUUCGUUUUCAAUAAUCAUUUUGAAAUAGUUAUGUUGAAACAUUGAUUUGAAUCCUCUUAUAAAUGAAC